AUGAAGAAUCACUCCUUAGAGUUCUUUCUUCUUCUAACUCUCUUCCUUCAUGCAAAUACAGGAGACUCCAAUGAGUGCGUAUACACAAUAUAUGUAAAGACUGGAUCAAUCAUCAAAGGUGGAACAGAUUCGAAAAUCAGCAUUAGAUUCGACGAUGCAAAGAACCAAUCAGUGUGGAUCCCAAACCUAAAAUCAUGGGGUGCAAUGGGAGAAGGUCAUAACUACUUCGAGCGUGGAAAUGUGGAUGCCUUCACCGGACGUGGACCAUGCAUCAACUCACGUGUUUGCCGCCUCAACCUCGCCUCAGACGGAUCUGGGUACCACCAUGGGUGGUACUGCGACUACGUGGAGGUCACCUCCACUGGUCCCCACAAACCUUGUUCCCAAACCAUCUUCUAUGUUGAUCAGUGGCUUGCCAAAGAUGUUGCACCCUAUAACCUCAGUGUUAUCAUUGAUCGUUGUCGUCUCACUGCUCCCCAUUCUUCAUCCUCUGCAUGA